GGAAAAUAACACGAGGGGCGGGGGCUGCUGAGAUUGUUCGAUACAGAGCUUCAGCGAAGCAGACAUCAAUCUGGACGCAGAGAGGGAUGAGGGGCUGAGAGGCCCAGAAAUAACUUCCCCGAGGGUCGUUUUUAACAGAAGACAUGAGCGCUCCUUCUGGAUUACGCACCGAUUUAACUUGAGGGCAACUCAAAAAAACAACUUUAACGGAGUGAGCUGGAGGGAAAUCUGGCAGGAAGACGACACUUCCUAACAGCUGAAGGCGACCCCGACUCUUGAUUUGUGAUGUGACCGCUGGCUGCGCCGAAGUGGCGCUUUUACGCACGAUGGAGGACCUUUUACGCGAGCAGAAUAGCUGGGCGCAGAACGUUUCAUGGGGCAACUUGAGCCGUGGAAAUGAGAGCCAUAUAGGAAACACGACGGUGAAUCCUCUGAAGCGAAACGAAGAAGUGGCCAAAGUGGAAGUUGCCGUCCUGGUGCUGGUGCUCCUGCUCGCUCUGACCGGCAACCUGUGCGUCCUGUGGGCUAUCCACUCCAGCAAGCACAGCCAGUCUCGGAUGUAUUUCUUCAUGAAGCACCUGAGCAUCGCGGACCUCGUCGUUGCAGUGUUUCAAGUCUUACCGCAGCUCAUCUGGGACAUCACGUUUCGCUUCUAUGGGCCGGAUUUGCUGUGCAGGCUGGUGAAAUACCUCCAGGUCGUGGGCAUGUUCGCGUCCACCUACAUGCUCGUCCUGAUGUCCAUCGACAGGUGCCUGGCGAUCUGCCAGCCUCUCCGCUCCGUGCACAAGAGGAACGAUCGCCUGUGCGUGAUCGCCUCCUGGAUGCUCAGCUUGAUAUUCAGCUCCCCUCAAGCCUACAUAUUCUCCUUGAAGGAGGUGGGGGACGGCGUGUAUGACUGCUGGGGGGACUUUGUGCAGCCGUGGGGAGCCAAAGCUUACAUCACAUGGAUGAGCCUCAGCAUUUACAUCUUCCCAGUGGCGAUUUUAAGCGUCUGCUAUGGCUUGAUAUGUUUCAAAAUAUGGCAGAAUUUCAAUUUGAAAACCAGAAGGGAGCACAUCCUGGCCCUGACAGCGAGGCCCUCCAAGGGCGCUCUCCCCCUCACCCGUGUGAGCAGCGUGAGGCUCAUUUCAAAAGCGAAGAUCCGCACAGUGAAAAUGACAUUUGUGGUGGUGGUCGCCUACAUAAUGUGCUGGACUCCCUUCUUCUUUGUCCAGAUGUGGUCUGCAUGGGACCCUGCAGCACCAAGAGAAGACAUGGCCUUCAUCAUCGCCAUGUUGCUGGCCAGCCUCAACAGCUGCUGUAACCCCUGGAUCUACAUGUUCUUUGCCGGUCACCUGUUCCAGGACCUGACGCGUUGCUUCUUCUGCUGCUGCAGACAGUACCUGACAGCCUCCACCUGCAGCUGCGAUCGACCGUGCCGGCACAAGAGCAGCUCCGCCACUUACGUCAUCAAGAACGAGAGCGCCAGAGGAGCCUCACACACACAUCCAGCAUGGGGGGACUUGGACACUGAAGAGCCAGCUGAAAGCCGACCAUGCUUCCUGUAGUCGGGUAACCUGGCAAUCCCCCACUUUUUCAGGCAUUUAAUGAUCUGCAGCGGUGGCCCAUUGCAACAUGUUUUAAAUUGAGCUAAAUAGACAAUGUAAACCUCCUGUCCUGAAAAUGCCCUGCAUCCUGUGAUAACAAAGACCAGAACAAAAUGUCUCCAAUCGUAAUGGAUGUGUGCCCUCGGCUUUCCUUCCUCUGCACCAGAAUCCUGCACAUGCAAUAUUUCUCGUAUAAUGUAGGCUUCAGCAGUUCCAGAUUUACCCCACGUCUUCCUGUAUAAACAGCCAUGAAGAUAUCCGCAAAGAGUUGUUGUUCGUACGCUUCCCUGCUUCACCCUUCAAUCUUAAAGUCUGCGACAGUUGUUGUCCUGACCUUCAAGCAAAUGUAAUCAUCACAAUAAUCAUAUUAAUUUUGCACGGGGAGAUCCCUUCCACGAAGCAAAGUAUUUUAAGAAAGAGUUUGUCAGAUUACAAAAAUGUCUUUGUUCUGUGCAAAUGAGCUCUAAUCCAGUUACUGUAACGAUUGUUUGCUCCUUAAAGCAACGAUACUUUGUGCAAAAAGUAUUUUAAGGUUACAUAAUUAAAUUUUAUGGUUGGUUAAAUCACAAUGUUGGUAUGCAUGAAUGAUAUAUGAGGUUAUUAAGAUAAUAUCCACCCUCAAGGUUUGGUUUAUUUCAAACAUCUCCAUUGAAAUUCAUCAACAAAGCAUAACCCAUGAGGAAUGCAUUUUACCACACGGAGGCUGGUUUCCAUGUUUUUCAGCAGGCUUUCGUGUGCUGCACAUCAAACAGUGUUUGUCUGCCGUGAUGUAUUAUGAAAUUCAUUCUGUAAAAACUUUCCACUGCUACUCGUCUGUGUUAACAUGUCAUGUUUUUAUCAACUCCAUCUCCUCUUUCUCUCGGUGGAAGGUGCUCAAAAGGCCGCUGGGUUUUAGGCACACUGAAACACAUUUCAUCUGGAAUAAUGGUUCCCCCUUGUGGACACCUCGAUAUCCUAAACAAUGAGUCUGCUCAGUCUCCUGUUCUGUUCUAUUUGACACA